UCGUCUCCAUCACAAAAACUAAGAACGUCCUUCAAAAGGACGAGUAUGAAUACUUGUAAUCACGGUCCAAAGUUGUGUUAUGAUACGUGAUAUAAGACUGAAAAUACUGUCCUCAUACGAACACAACGCGCAGAGGGAAACACCUCCGCCAGUGGCGGUAUAUAAUAGCGACGAAAGUCAUUUCCCCUGACAGUCACUAGGCCGUGGUCUUCGGCACAGGCAGCAUGCUCACAUUUGGCCCGUCUGAUCUCUUGAAGGUACUGGCGUUGCUUGGAGCCAUCAUCAUGGCGACGAUGGCUUCGCCAGACGGUACUUACCACGGCCACCAUCACGAUUCUUAUCACCAUGGCCAUCAAUCUCAUCAUGAUCCCUACCACGGCCACCACAAACCCUAUUACUUCGACUACAAGGCCCACGACUAUUACGGUGGCAGCUAUCACCAUUCACAGAAGUCAGACGGCUACAACAAACAGGCUGCUUAUGAUGUUUAUUAUCCAGAUGGUAAAUCGACGCUCUCUGUGAAGAUUGGUAAACAUUAAUCAGACUACCGUUUGCCUCCAGUCACCAAAUAAAGUCUAUCAAUAUGGACGAAAGUGUGCUACAAUAUGGAUCUGUAUCACGUUUAUAAAUAAAAAGAAUAUUACAGUGU